AUGAGCGCCGGGGGCGCGGGCUGCCCCGCCGCGCUGCUGCUGGUGGGCUGGCUGCUGCUGGCCGGCCUCCAGGCCUCGUGCGGGUCGAACGUCACCGCCGUCCAGGAUCCCGGCGUGGCCCAUGCGGGCGACGGCGACGGCGAGUCGGACGAGGAGAGCGAGAGCGACGAGAGCGAGAGCGAGAGCGAGAGCGAGGCCGCGGAGAGCGAGGCCUCGGAGAGCGAGAGCGAGAGCGAGAUUCCGAACAAGACAAUAGUCAAAGAAGUAGAAUUUGGAAUGUGCACAGUCACAUGUGGUGUUGGUAUUAGAGAAGUCAUAUUAACAAAUGGAUGCCCAGGAGGUGAAUCAAAGUGUGUUGUUCGGGUUGAGGAAUGUUAUGGACCCGUAGAUUGCGGCUGGGGGCAGCCAAUUUCAGAAAGUCUUGAAAGUGUUAGGCUGGCUUGUGUUCAUGUAGCUCCUGAAAAUCGCUUUAAGUAUAUGUGGAAACUUCUGAAACCAGACCAACAACCUGUUAUACUUGCAAAUGAUUCAGCAGUCCUGGAAGUACAAAGAGAUGUUCAUCCCAUGGCUUUUGAGUGUGAGACCCUGGAUAAUGGUGAAACAGUAGCAUCUAUUAAAUUCACAGUCUACACAAUAAAUGAAUUACAGAUGAAAAGAUCGGGCCGACCAGACACUGAUGCUGUCCUGGUGUUUGUGUUGACUGUAGGAGUCAUAAUCUGUAUAUUUGUGAUCUUCGUAUUGAUCUUCAUCAUUAUCAAUUGGGCGGCAGUGAAAUCUUUCUGGGGGGCGAAAGCCUCUACAACGGAAAUACAUUCUGAGAUGAGUUCUGUAAGAUACAAAGAUUCAACCUCUCUUGACCAGUCACCAACAGAAAUACCGGGACAUGAAGAUGAUGCCCUAAGUGAAUGGAAUGAAUGAUGUAUGGAUGACACACGAGAAACCAAAGACUAUUAGAGCAUAUAAGGUCCAUUUUUAUAAAAGUAAAAUAUAUUCUGAUGUACUUGAAGGACACUGAGAUGAGUCUGUUGAAGUCUGGGGGUGAUAUAAUGUGGAGGUAGGACACUCUUUGUGGUAAAGUUGUUAAAUUUAAUGCUCUCAAUAUUUAUCAUUUCAGGUUAUAGCUUGGGGACAUUUAUCCAAAAGUGUGCACAAAUAUUUUUAAUCAUUUAAGGUCUUUUACCUUUUCCAUAUUAAGUAAAAACAAAUGUAAUAUAAAGAUGCAUUGGAUAGUAAACUUUCUCCUCUCUGAGAGCACUAGAUUGAACUGUUAAAGCAAAUCACGCUUCAGAAUCUCUGCAUGGCAUGUGACAUGUAAGCAUCACUUGUAAAACAUGAAAUAAUAACAAGCAAGACUUAGUGACUGCUUUGUGCCAAGUGUCUCUCACAGCAUGCACAUAUAUUAGGUAGCUUAGUUAUGGUAGUAUAAAGGAGAUAUGUACAGAGGACUGGAGAGAUCCUUGGAAGUGGCUGAGGAAAUGGCAUGAAUUCAAUCAUGUGUAUUUCUUACAGAAACAAGAGUGAGGAACUCUCGAAUGAGUACUGACAAGUACUUUGCAUGCACUGGUGAGAUCUCAGGACAUCAUCAUUGACUCUUUCUGUUACCUACUAACAGGAUACCAAGCCAUUAAGUAACUUGGUUGAUUUGAUUCAACAGGUUUCCCCAAACAUUAUUUUUGAUAAUAGUACAGUUAUAUAUUGAAUAUCUUCUACUUAGAUUAAUUUUGUUCCAACUUUAUUGCUAUUAUUUCAGGAUCUAUCUCAUGAUACCAUUUACUUUGCACACCUAUGCUGAAGACAUUGUAAAUGGGCAAUUAUGGUAUACCUCCCUCUACUACAUAGAAAUAGGUUGUGUUAUGAAAUUAUCCUUUUUUCUAUUACAUAGCAUUUGUGUUUGAGAAAUGCAAGGAUCAACUAACUGGAAAAUGGUUUUGUUACCUGAUGUGUGAAUUCCACUGCAGAAGAUAAGUGAAAAGAAAUAAUUUCUAUGAAAUUUUUCAGAAUAAUUUUUUAUAACACCUACUUCAGAUACAUGUUUAAACAAAAAUCAGUAUAGAUGCUGAAAGUCCUUGAAUAAUAGUGACCAGUCCUUGUUUUAAAGCCACAUAUAGCAGGAGAUCUUGAUUAUACUUCAGUGACCACUAGCACUCAGUGAACACUGUUGUUCUAGGUGCUGCUCACUGGCUGUUUAUGAUGGCCUACUUUCCAGGCACAAAUGGUAGGAAAGUAUUUCUUCAGCCCACUUUGUUGGGUGGGGUCAUGUGCUUGGCCAAUAAUAAGUUGUCAGCCCAAAUUUCAAAGUUUUUAGUCAUUUUGAGGCUGGGAUAUUUGCUUGGGAAGACAUUAAGAGCUCAUUUUCCUCUAACACAGCAGAAGCAGAGCAGCUUCCCUGACAGUUUGGCUUUGAAUGAGGGCUGUGGGCACAGGCUCUCUAGCCAACCAGUUUUAAUUAUGUGGGCAUACAUUACAUCUUGUCAUUUUAAGCCACUGAGGUUUACAGAUUUUGUGGCAUAGCAGUUAUUCUAAAACUAUCUGUGCCUCAAAUUAAGUUCUCAUGGUCAACUGGCUUAAAGAUCCUCCCUGGGAUGUCUCAAAGCCACCAAUAUGAUACCUUUAUUUCCCAAUUUCAUUGGUAUCUGUGCAACACAAAAGCCAUGCAUAUUUGUAAGGAGUGUGCUGUAUGCACGUAUGAGCAGGACUGUCCUGGAAAGUUUGUCUCUGAGGACACAGGGCUCAGUCAGUGAAUGAAUCUUCCAUGUUUAACACACAGAGCAAUACACAUUGGCAAUAUUCGUGCUUUCCCUUACAUCUAAAGUUACUUAGAUAAUCUCCUCCAGGUCCACUUUGAUGGCCUGUCUUGAAACCACUGUAUUCCAAUGGCUCCUUGUAAGAGAUGUGAAGUACAUUAUAUUGGAUUAAAAUAGUUAUCAACCUUUGAAAGUAAAUGACAAUAUCUGGGCCACUAUGAAGUCUCCAGGGCUUGUGAAGACCAGCUGCCAUUUGCCUUUUGGAAGCAGUCUGUGUUGGGAGACUUCUCUGUGCUGUGGUUGAUGAGGUGUCCAUUGCAUACUGCUAAAUGUUAAUGGAAAUCCACCUUCCUCUCCAGGCAGGCUGGGCCAAAGAAUUCCCUGGUUCCUAUCUUCUCUUAAAUGCUGGGAUAGAUGCUUUCCUGACCACCUUUCUUGAUCUCCCAUAUACCUCAAGGAAACCAUACAGUUGUCAUCUGGAUGCAGGACAUAAGUCAAACAAUGCUGUUCCAGAAAGAGCUCUCCCAUUACACACCUGGUCCCUGGAGGAGCCUCUCCCCUUACAUACCUAGUACCUAGAAAAGCUCUGCCUUUAUACACCCAGUCCUUGGAAGAUCUCUCUCCUCACACACCUACUCCUUGGAAGCACUCUCCCCUUACAUACCAAGUCCCUGGAGGAGUGCUAUCUUUACACACCCAGUCCCUGAAGGAUCCCUUUCCUUACCCAGUUCCUGGAGGAUCUCUCUCCUUACACACACACUCUCUGGAAGAGCUCCCCCCUUACACAUCCAGUCCUUGGAGGAGCUCUCCCCUUACACCCACAGUUCCUGGAAUAGCUCUUUCCUUACACACCCAGUCUUUGGACAAGCCCUCCCCAUAACUCACCAAGUCCCUGGAAGAGUUCUUCCCUUACAUACCCAGUCCCUGGAAGAGUUGUCUCAUUAGAAACCCAGUCCCAGGGCUUGCUAUGUAAAAGGACUCUAUUCUUUAGAUACUCAGAUUCUGGGCUCCUCUGUGCAGCAGUAGGGCUUUAUGGUGUUCAAAACAGCACUCUUUCCCACGAGAAUCCUUCAUAAAUUCAACAGAUAUUGACUUAGUUAUUCCUAUGACUAGGUAGUAUGCUGAACCGUGGGAUAAGGCAUGUAUAGAACUACCCUAAUAAUAGGGUCCAUCUUUUCUUGGACUUUGGAUAUUUAUUUACCUAUGCCAUUCCAUGUAUGGUAUAUUAACCAUAGCCAGUAGUGAAUACCUUGUAGUAUAGAGUACAAGUUAGUAAAUACAUUGAAGAAAAUCUUCAAAUGUCUGUGAAGCUCUAGUAGGAAAGAUCACAUGUAAAGUGGACUUAAGCCCGAGAGUCUAGGGAAGAUCAGGUGAGAAGGUCUAAGGAAGGAACGUCAUAUCUCCUCAGAGAAGGCUAGCAGAGCUGGAACAUGGAGGUGAAAAGAAUGAUGGAAGGUAAGCCAGAGUCAGGAGAACAUAGAUUACCUCAUACUCACAAUGAAUAUGUGUGUGCUACAGUAACGUAGCUGGCUGGCUCAAGACUACAUAUCAAGAAGUCAAUCUCUAGGGUCCUUUACUAUACUAUAAUGAUCAUGCCUUGCUAGAAUUCAUUAUCACUGGCCCUUUGACAAACCAUGACUGUUGAGUCUCACUCAAAUAGGGCAGUCUGUGCUUUUACCUAACUUAUGUUCUUUUACAUGCUAUUGGGAAUUCAAACCCUUAAUGAGAGCUCUUUUUUCUUCCAUAAUGAUUCCUAACUCACUCUCAUGUUACACAGCCAAGAUAGAGACAAGGAGAUUAAAAAUUCCCUGGAAUAGCGAUGGUUGGUGGACACACCACAAGGCCAGCACCUGGGUAGACAUAGGCUGCAAUUUUCUAUAGUCAAGGGCAAGACAUGGAAUGAAGCACAUGGUGUUAGUUACCCUGUAUUACAUCCCUGUUGCCUUCUGUUAACACCAACAUAAAGCUUCCAAUUCCAAGUGAUUUUCUUUCAAGUGUGGUUCUCAUAUAAUCUGUGUGCCUAUAUGUUUUAAAAAUUGAUGGAAUUUUUCUAUUUUGAUUCCACUUUGUAUUUUAAGUCUGCUUCUUCAGUCAUUUUUGCUCUAUUCUGAAAAACCAUGUUUUUGGGACUUAUAACCCAUCAUUGUUGUGAUCUGCCAUCUGUUUCAGAAGAGCGUAGAACCCAUUUACAUGGUUAUUCAGGCUUUGAAGUUUGCAUGAUUUUCUUAUCUGUGAUCAAGUUGUGUUUAUGAUAGAAAACAG